UUUGAGGCGUUUUCCGACAGAUUUCAACCAAAUACCAAACAUAUUUCGAUGGCAUCUGCAAGUUCUGAACAACAGUUAUGUUAUGGACCUGAGGAUCCAUCCGUACUGUUUCAUCAAAACGAACAUAUUUCAGCCUCAUUGUUGGCGAAUGGCACAACAAAUGUGUUGAGAGUUCGUAGGACGGAGAGUAAGGUUUGGGCAUUGCCAAUACAUGAAGAUGUGAUGCAUUGGCUUGAUGUUUGGGGGUUCAGAGGUGUGAUUGAAUGUGGAAGGCCAAGAAGGAUGGACAAUGACCUAAUAACUGCAUUGAUCGAGCGAUGGAGGCCUGAGACCCACUGUUUCCACCUUCCAGUUGGUGAGGUAACCGUAACCUUACAGGAUGUGCAAAACCUGUGGGGUUUGAGAGCAGACGGUCGUGUUUUCACUGGCUGUGACUACCCUAUUGGAUAUGAAGAUUGGCCCAGCAAGUGUAGAGAUGUGUUGGGAUGGAUACCUGACGCAGAAACAGAAACGAAGCACGGUGGGUUGUUGAUGAUGUCUCUGAUCAACCAAGCGACUAUGCCGUUGGGUGAUGGGCUGCAUGAGUAUGCAUACGUCCAAAGAGCACGUAUACAUGCUCUAAUCUUGUUAGGGAGGCUUAUUUUACCGGACACUACCGGGUGCAAGGUCCACUUUAUGUGGAUAAAUGCCUUUGACGAUCCGGAAGACGUGGCUAAUAUCAGUUGGGGUAGUGCUGCUUUAGCAUACCUGUAUCAUUAUUUGUGCGAAGUUUCUGUAGGCAGACAGAGAAGAGAUGUGGGUGGCCCUAUGGUUCUCUUGCAGCUGUGGGCGUGGGAAAGAAUGCCUACAUUGAGGCCAGCCUUCUUGAUAUCGCCUACGCACACGCCGUAUAUCCCGUGUGGAGUCAAGUAAUAUUUUUUUUAAGUAACUUACUUAAUUAUGUAUUUUUUUGGGUAACUUUUGAUAUUAAUAUUCCGUGUAGGUGGCACGGAGUUAAUGAAAUUGGAAAUGCGCCCCAACAUUCAGUAGCUCAUUAUCGUGAUCAGUUAUCAUUGAUUCGUCCGGGCCAGUUUCUGUGGACACCAUAUACAGAUUGUAUCCUGCCCGAUUACUGCAUUGAUUCGACCGCAUCCUACUUGUGCGACACAUAUUUGGUGUGCUGGUCAUUUGUCGAGGCACACGAGGCUGGACGCGUUUGCCGACAAUUCAACCGCUACCAGCGUAUUCCUCAGUAUUGUGAUAGGAUGCUACAUAAUGCCGGACAUCUGUCUAAAAGUCACCGCCGUGGGAGGAAGGGCGCCGAUUGGGCUAAGGUACAUAAAUUCUACAUUGAAGAAUGGGAUUUCAGACACCACAGGUUCCAAGCAAAUUUUGAUCAUGCCACGAUGACCAUGGAUGGUCGCAUUAAUCCGGGCUAUAUGGCGUGGUUCAAUAGGAUCACAGUGUCGUACCUAGUUCAACCUGCGACACAGUCAACGGUUGGGAUGAACGAGUCAGCAUCUUCUAUGAUGAAAUUGGUCGAGACCAUUCAGGGGAUAUGGCAUUUGACCUCUGAACACGACACAGACCCUCGAUUACGGCAGAUUCGUGCAAUGGCUGCUGAGGCGCUUCGUACGACGGACCAUACUGAUGUGAUGGAGUAUCCAACAUCGCAACGGCGAAAUGUGGUCAUG